AUGUCGGAGGAGGAUACAACGAAUGGCGUUUCAACUGCAGCGGAUCAGAAGGAAAACGGAGAUGAUACAAACGUCACGGUUAUUCCUGAAAAUCAAGCUGAAGAUAAAAAACAACAAAAUGGCGACACUACCAAACAGAAUGGUGACACUUCGAAAAAGAAUGGCGACAGUUCCAGUUCCGAUGGAGAGAAACCAGAAGACGAAAAGGAAAAAGACACGCCGUCCGUUGGAGUCUUUGAAGUGUUCAAAUUUGCGGACAAGUGGGAUGUGAUAAUGAUGAUAGUCGGUGUUAUUGGCGCUACCGCUCACGGUCUUGCACUGCCUGGUCUUAUCAUCGUGUUUGGUGAAAUGACCGAUUCCUUUGUGGACUCUGGGAAAUACUCCAGUAUCCUGACGGAGAUAGCUGCUUUUCUCACCGGGGUUGGAAUCACUCGUGACGAGGCACUGAAGGCACCUUCCCUGCUGCUACCCUACUUAACUGAUAUACAGACAAACUAUUCUACGGUAGACACAUCCAUCAUACAGAAGCAGGUUGACAACGACUUCCUGAAACAAAUGGAAACAUUUGCCAUUUAUUAUAUUGGCAUUGCCGGUGGUGUUUUGGUAUGUGCUUACUUUCAAGUAGCAUUCUGGAUUCUCUCAUCCGAACGUCAGAUCCACAGAAUAAGAAAACUUUUCUUCCGGAACAUCAUGCGACAGGAUAUAGGCUGGUUUGACACACACGAGACAGGAGAACUUAACACAAGACUCACCGAUGACAUCAAUCAGGUCCAUGAGGGCAUAGGUGAUAAAGUCAGCACGUUCGUCCAGUGGUUCUCAUCCGCCAUUUCCAGCUUUAUCAUAGGAUUCGUGUACGGGUGGCAGCUCACACUAGUCAUGUUGUCAGUAGCGCCUCUCCUUGCCGUAGCAGCGGGCGCCAUGUCCCAGAUCAUGGCGUCCAUGUCCUCCAAAGAGCUCACUGCCUACGCUAAGGCGGGUUCGGUGGCUGAAGAGGUUCUCAGCUCUAUUAGAACUGUGGUGGCGUUUGGAGGUGAACGUAAAGAGUGUAAGAGGUACGAUGACCACUUAAAGGAAGCCCGUGACAUAGGAGUGAAGAAAUCCUUAACUAACGGCUUGUCGUUCGGUGUGACGUACAUGUUGAUUUUUCUCACGGACUGUCUGGGGUUCUGGUACGGAGCAAAGCUGACAAGAGAUCAACCUGAUCUUUAUACCCCAGGAAAAAUACUCAUUGUCUUUUUUAGCAUCGUUAUCGGUGCCUUUGCAUUGGGUAAUGCCAUGCCAAACCUACAGUCAAUGGCAACUGGAAGAGGAGCAGCAUACAUGAUAUACAAUCUUAUAGCAUUAGUUCCAGCCAUAGACAGUUCAUCAGAGGAAGGCAAAAAACCGGACAGUAUCGAGGGGACUAUCAAGUUCCAGAAGGUGAAAUUCCGGUAUCCAGCACGUGAGGAAGUGGUUGUUCUCGAUGGCCUGGACCUUACAGUAGACAAAGGUCAGACUUUGGCUUUGGUUGGAUCUAGUGGCUGUGGCAAGAGUACUGUCGUACAGUUACUUCAGAGGUUUUACGAUCCACAGGAGGGACAGAUCCUGAUCGAUGGUAUCGACAUUAAGGAAUUAAAUGUACAAUGGCUCCGACAACAUAUUGGAAUAGUGAGUCAGGAGCCGAUACUUUUCGCCACCUCCAUAGCUGAAAACAUCCGGUACGGACGGGAUGGCGUCACCGAUCGCGAAAUUGAAGAUGCUGCAAAGAUGGCUAAUGCUCACAAUUUCAUCAUGGAACUCCCUGAUAGAUACAAUACCUUGGUGGGGGAGCGAGGUGCACAGCUAAGUGGUGGUCAGAAGCAAAGAGUGGCAAUCGCACGUGCUCUCGUAAGGGAUCCACGCAUUCUUCUUCUUGACGAAGCCACUUCGGCACUUGAUACUGAGAGUGAGGCUGUUGUUCAGGAGGCUCUUGAUAAGGCUCGAGCUGGCAGAACGACCAUUGUGAUUGCUCAUCGUCUGUCAACUGUCAAAACAGCAGACAGCAUCGCUGGCUUUAAAAAUGGUGUCGUUGCUGAAAGGGGAACUCAUGACCAGCUGAUGCAGAAGGACGGUGUCUACAGUUCACUGGUCAAACUACAGACGAAACAUGCAGAAAAAGGUGACCAGACGGAAAAGAAUAAAGAUAAAAAGGCUGAAAUACAACAUACAUCGGGUGGAAUUGACUCAACUGAUGACAAGGAUGCUGGUGAUAAGAAAAAAGAGAAAGAAAUUAAGGGGUCGUUUCGGAGAAUCAUGCGUAUGAAUGCCCCUGAAUGGUAUUACAUUCUCAUCGGCUGCAUCGGAAGCAUUAUGUUUGGAGCUGUCCAACCGGCAUUUGCCAUAAUCUUUGCUAGUAUUCUUGACGCAUUUGCCUCAACAGAUGAAGCAUACCAAAGACAAGAAAUCAACAGGUUCGUCAUAAUUCUGUCAGGGAUUGCAGUGGGAAGUUUGAUCGCUCUUACACUCCAAGGAUACAUGUUUGGGAAGUCCGGUGAGAUGUUGACAUUGAGAAUCCGAAGUUUGACCUUCAAGGCUAUGCUGAGACAGGAAAUAUCUUACUUCGACGAUCAUAAAAACAAUACAGGAGCUUUAACCACAAGACUUGCCACAGAAGCAUCUGAUGUCAAAGGAGCAUCAGGAGCACGAAUGGGCAAACUCCUAGAAAAUGUAGCUAAUAUGGGAACGGCCAUAAUUAUAUCAUUUAUAUAUGGCUGGAAACUCACGUUAGUCAUCAUAGCAUUCAUUCCAAUCAUAGCCGUAGGAGGUGCUUUAGAAUUUCAGCUCCUUUCAGGAGUUGCUGGCAAAAACAAGGAGGCACUAGAGGGUGCUGGCAAAGUCGCGUCGGAAGGUAUAGGGAAUAUACGAACAGUAGCAGGCUUAACGAAAGAGAAGACGUUUAUCAGGUUGUACACCGAGAGUUUGAAGGCACCAUACAAGGCUUCGAAAAGGAAGGCUCAUAUGAUAGGAAUAGCGUUUUCUUUUUCCCAGUCAAUUGUAUUCUUCCUGCAUGCAGCAGCGUUCUACUACGGCGCCUAUCUCGUGAGGCAGGGAGACAUGGAUUUUGAUGACGUGUUCAAAGUAUUCGCUGCUAUCGUGUUUGGUGCCAUGGCCAUGGGAAAUGCGAGCGCUUUUGCGCCUGAUGCAUCUAAGGCGGAAGUAGCUGCUGGGCACAUUUUUGCUUUGUUAGACCGAAAACCGAGUAUUGACUCCGAAUCGGAUGAUGGCGUAAAACCCAAUAAUGACAGUUUCAGCAGUAAGGUAACGUUUAAAAGCGUCGAGUUUCGUUAUCCCACGCGACCAGAUAUACAGGUGCUUCAGGGACUUAACCUGUCGGUAGAGCCAGGUCAGACACUAGCUUUGGUAGGGACCAGUGGAUGUGGCAAGAGUACUACAGUACAACUAAUAGAGAGGUUCUACGACCCGGAGGACGGAUCAGUGGUACUGGAUAGGCACGAUGUGAAGGACCUGAAUAUUCACUGGUUACGAUCCCAGAUAGGAAUCGUGUCCCAAGAACCAGUCCUGUUUGACUCUAGUAUUGCCGAAAAUAUUGCGUACGGCGAUAAUGAUCGUGUGGUGCCAAUGUUGGAGAUCAUGGAGGCUGCUCGUAAAUCCAACAUCCAUCAGUUCAUCGAGGCUUUACCUGCGGGCUAUGAAACAAACGUUGGAUCUAAAGGAACGCAGCUUAGUGGAGGGCAGAAACAAAGAGUUGCUAUUGCUCGGGCGCUCGUCAGAAAUCCCAAGAUAUUGUUACUAGAUGAAGCUACUUCAGCUUUGGAUACGGAGAGUGAAAAGGUUGUGCAAGAAGCACUGGACAAAGCAAGAGAAGGGAGAACGUGUAUUGUAAUCGCUCAUCGAUUGUCGACUAUCCAAAAUGCUGACAAAAUCUGCGUUAUAAAAUCAGGAAAGGUUGUUGAAGAGGGUAAACAUGGAGACCUCAUGUCCAAGCAAGGAAUCUACUUCAAACUGAAUAGUGCCCAAGCUGGGAAAAGCUAA